UGUAGCCUUGGAAGAGAAGGUGCUUUUGUUGAAGUCAGAUAGUGGGAACACAUUACACACACACACACACACGCACACACAUUCCAGCCAUUAUGAGACUAACUCAAUCCACAGGCCCUGCCUAUUUCAGCGGAUUGAGGGUUCAGCGAUCAACAAAGUGUUGGGAAAUGCAAUGGAAUUGACUGCAUUCGUCUUCAAUCCGAAGGAGGGAGUAGACAAUCCAGCCAUGGUGAUUUCUGAAGAUGCAGGGAAUUUUAGUGGCCCCUUGCCCCGGGUGUGUGUGCUGAAAAGAGAGGAGGGCCAGAAUUUCGGCUUCCAUCUGCGCUUGGAGAAAGGACGACCAGGUCAUAUCAUCAGGCAGGUGGAAUUAUUGGGGGCGGCUGAGAAGAGUGGACUGAGGGAUGGGGAUCGUCUCCUGGAGGUCAAUGAACACUUUGUGGAUGACAUUGAACAUAUGGAGGCUGCCCACAGGAUCCAGAUAAGUGGGCCUCAGCUGUGCCUCCUGGUGCUGAGGAGUGAUGAAUACGAGCAGGCUGUGGCUCAGGGCUGGAACCUGAAGGAACUGUGCAGAGCUCAGCGUGGUGAGGAGUGGAAGCCUCCUCGUCUCUGCCAUAUCAUCAGAAACCAUGUGAGCGGCCUGGGCUUUAGCAUCCAUCCGGUGGAGGGUGAGAAAGGGAAGUUCUCUGUAAGCACAAUAACAGAAGGCCCUGCUGAGAAGGCAGGACUGAGAAAAGGAGACCGGCUGAUUUGGAUCAAUGGUGCCAUGGCUUCUGAACUCACGCAUUCUGCUAUUAACAAGAUGGUGAAGAAAUGCACUGAUCACAUGACCGUGCUGGUGAUAGACAGCAACAGUGAGAAGAGCUACAUCCGUAGGAAGAUGGCCAUUGUGCCAGCCAUGGCUGAUGCCCCGAGCAUGCCAUACAAACCCAAAAGAGUGCAUCUGGUACAGGGGCCAGAUGGCUAUGGCUUCCUGCUUAGGCAUGAAAAUAUAUCAACAGGACGCAAAGUUCAUAUGGUGCGGGAGAUUGAUGCAGGCAGUCCUGCAGAAGUGGCAGAUAUUAAGGAUGGAGAGAUCCUGUUGGAGGUGAAUGGGGAGUCUGUUGAUCAUUUGUCUCAUGAAGAAGUUGUCAGCAAAAUCAGAAACAGUGGACUUCAAGUCAGCUUCACCACUAUGGCCCUAGAAGGCCAAAAUUUCUACACUAAGCUGGGUCUGUCUCCCCUGCUGUUCUGUGAAGAUCAUUCCUCUGGAGAGGAGCAGCAGGAAACGCCGACUCCAGAUGAACAGAGUCCAGAAGCUCUGAGGCUGUUAGAGUCCUUAGUUGAAGCCCAGGAGGAGCUGGAAGUCGAGCCCAGACCAAGACUGUGUGAGCUACAGAGAAGCCCUGUGGGAUUCGGCUUCCAUUUGGGUUGGGUCCAACAGAAACCUGGCACAUUUAUCAACCAGGUGGCACCUGGAGGUCCAGGAGAAAGUUCUGGCCUCCUGCAGGGUGAUGUACUGCUGGAGGUGAAUGGACAGAACGUAGAGGAUCUGUGUUUAGAAGACGUGAUUUUGCUCAUGAAGAAAGGAGGCAGCUCUCUCUCUUUGCUAGUGAUAGACAGACCAGGUUAUGAGUGGAUGAAAAAGACUAGAAAGCCCAUCACUACUGAAAAAGAAGCAAAGGCCUCCGAGGAGGUACAGGAGCAUGAGAGCUCAUCUCCCACAAAGCAGUCAGCUCCUGACGAGUGAUGCAAGUUCCUUCCUGAGGAUUCAGGAAAAGCAUUCGGAUCCAUGGAACAACAAUGCUGGGAAAUGUGUAACAUCACUGGGUGGAAGUUUAGAUGACUGUUGAGUCCCCAAAUAAAACUUGGCAAUUUUUGUCAAAGCAAUGCUUAUUACUUCUUUUCUUGCUGCUCUGAUUUUAGUUAUUCUUUUAAAUAAUACAUGCACACUACUUUUUGUUAUCAGAUAUUCUACUCAAUUCACCACAAUGUCUAUCUCUGUCAAAACAAAACAUGAAAACAUGAAAAAAAACCAUAAUCAAUCAAAUGCAUAAGCACUACUUAUGCUUUAUUCUGUCACACUUCCUACCUUACUAUCAAUUUACACAGAAUUUGUAAAAAAUAUUUAAUUUAAAUUGCUGCUGUUUCUGUCUGAACCAAUAAAGGUUAUAUGUUAUCUACACAGUGCAUUCCAGCAAAUUCCAAGAAUUCCUGCAGUUAAAAACACUUAAUUUCCAUACACAAUGUAUUUCAUUUUGUUAAUUUCUAUAGUCUAUACAAAAUAGGAGCAGUGAAUUGAAAUCCUUAAUGUCGCCAUGAUUUGCCCUUGUUUAAGUCUGUGCAGGGUUUUCCUCUCUGGGGUCGUCCCACCUCUCAAAAACAGAUCGGUGGUUUGCCUAUGCUAAAGUGCCCCUAGGUGUGUAUGUGUGUGUGCAUGGUGCCUUGGGAAUGACUGGCUUCCCAUCAAGGGUGUAUUCCACACCCAGUGUUUCAGGGAUGGACUCCAGAAAGCAGAUGGCGAGACCUUUAAUGCACUACUGUGUGGUUUUUAGCAUUUUAAAAUUGUGUCAUUAAAAAAAUGAAUUUUCUUGCA